AUGGCCACCCCCGCACAAUGCUACUUCUGCUUCGAAACACUAGCUUCUUCUUUUGAAAGGGGUAAGCCUCCAAAGCUCUCAGUAGUUGAAGAAUUAUGGGAGGAGUUUGAAGCUUCCAAGUCUCUUGCUUUACAGACGGCAGAAGAUGGGGAGAUGGAAAGAGGCUCGGUUGAGCCUCAUGUAAACACGGAUGAUCAGGACCAGCAAGAUGAUAUGGAAGAUGCCUCCUCUGAAGAUAGAAGACAAGCAAUCUCCAGCACACUGCAACCGCCUAGUAUUCGUCGUCUUCAGAGUGCGGCCUCCUCCGGGUCAUCCAGUGCCACAGCUUCCACGCCAUCGGCACUAUCUGCCAGUUCUUCUCGUUCUGCACUGACGAGCAAUACUUCUAUAUCUUCCAGCCCUAGUCCUAAGACUUCCUCUUUCUUCUCUCCACCUGAGAGCUAUAGUAAGAGGCUCCGCAGUUCACCUCCAUAUGCUUCAUACCCGCUCUUUGUGACGUGGAAUACGGUUUCCAGAAGCGGCCACAAGUCUCUCCGGGGUUGUAUCGGCACUUUUGAAGCCCAGGAGUUAAGUUCUGGCUUGAGAUCAUAUGCGUUGACAUCGGCAUUCGGAGAUACUAGGUUCUCCCCUAUACCAUUACAACUUCUUCCCUCUCUUUCCUGCUCCCUUACCCUCCUCUCGACAUUCGAGACUUGUGCUCAUGCGCUCGACUGGGAGCUAGGAACGCAUGGAAUACGUAUAUCGUUCAUCCAUCGAGGGAGAAGAUAUGGAGCCACAUAUCUCCCGGACGUGGCAGUUGAUCAGGGAUGGACAAAGGAAGAAACAGUUGAGAGCCUUAUGAGGAAAGCUGGCUGGGAAGGGGGCUCCAGUGCUGGUGUAGUUACUCGCCGGUUCCUCCGGUCAGGAAGUUCUAGCAGUGGGAAUCCAGACAAGCCUUGGGAGGAUAUGUCCGAGUUCAAGACCGUCAGAUACCAGGGACUUAAAUCAAGUGCAUCCUAUUUCGAGUGGCAGGAGUGGAGAAAGUGGGUAGAAUCUUCUCCAGACCGUUUAGCCAUCUUGGAAGCUUCCCGUUAG